AUGGCCAGGACGCAGCUGGGAACAGCAAGCGCCCUAGAGCCACUCUGUCAGGAGGCACGCCCGCUGCGUAUCCUUGGGACGAGCAAGCCCGAGAAACCCCUUCACCCCCUCCUCAGCAUCACCACAGAGAAAUCCUGUGCCCACCCGGCUAACCGACGGCUGGGCACCCUGCCCGUGUCUCAGUCACCGGACGGGAAUCCUCCCCCGCCCCGCACCCGGCAGGCGCGGUACCUGGCUGCCUGCAGCGGCUUGUCCGACGUCGGUACCCCCGGAGGCCCCGGACCGCGGAGAUCCGCUCCAUCCUACACUCGAUCUUGUGCCAAGAGGUUUUACAUCCCGUUUGGGAUCGCCCUUAUCUUCGUCCCCACCGCUGACGCCAUCCCAGCCCCUAAAGCCAAGCAGGUGGAGCUGCAGAGAACCCUCCAGCUAUGCUAUCGCUACUGCUGUGCCCACAAAAACGGCCAGAUACAGGACAAGAUUGCUGGGAGUCCUACUGUGUCAGCACUGCGCAUGUCAGCCAACGAAGGGGAUGCCUACCCGCUGGGGGCUCUGCCAGUGGGCACACUGAUCUGCAACCUGGAGAGCCACCCUGGGAAGGGAGCGCAAUACAUCCGGGCAGCUGGGACUUGUGGGGUGCUGCUGAGGAAAGUGAAUGGGACGGCCAUCGUGCAGCUGCCCUCCAAGAGGCAAAUGCAGGUGCUGGAGACCUGCGUGGCCACAGUGGGCCGUGUGUCCAAUGUCGACCACAACAAGCGGGUGAUUGGGAAGGCAGGCCGUAACCGCUGGCUGGGCAAGCGCCCGCACACAGGCUUGUGGCAUCGCAAGGGCGGCUGGGCUGGGCGCAAGAUCAAGCCUAUCCCACCCAUGAAGAGCUACGUCAACCUGCCGCGGGUCACAGCACAGGAGUGA